AUGGCAGACUUUGAUAAAGAGGGGGCCAAGAAUGAAAUUGCUGAAUCUUUAUCUCUGAGUACAUCUUGUAUGCAGCAAAUUGGUUUUUCAUUUAAGAGACCAAAUCGUUUCGCAACCUAUUACAGACAGAAACUUAUAUUUAUAUUAUGUGUGUGUAGUAUAUGUUACCACUUGUUUAGUGAGGUAGUAAUCAUUGGAUUGACUUUAUUCAACUCGCCCCGAGUGGAAGAUGUCGUACCUUUGUUACAUAUAGUUGGCUACGGGAUAUUGAGCAUUGCUAAAGUAUUUGUGCUGUGGUACAAAAAGGAUGUUUUCGGACAACUUUUGGACGAAUUGGCCGACAUCUGGCCGAUGUCACCCCUCGAGAAAGAAGCGCAGAAUAUUAAGAAUAAAAGUCUUUCAGGUCUACGAAUAGCUCAUCAAUGGUACUUCUGGCUGAAUAUAUCUGGCGUAUGGUUCUUUAACAUAACCCCGAUCGCAAUAUUCUUUUUUCGUACAUGGCGAGGGCAACAUGCGGAAAUUGGUUUUGUCUGGAUGUCAUGGUAUCCUUUCGACAAACAACAACCAGUUGCCCACGUUGCGGUAUACCUAUUUGAAAUGUUCGCUGGUCACACCUGUGUAAUGAUAAUGAUCUGCACUGACCUGUUGUUCACGGGAAUGGCGAGUCACAUAGGAAUGUUACUCCGUCUAUUGCAGCGUCGUUUGGAAUCACUGGCCAACGUCUGUAAAACCGACGAAGAAAACUACGAGGAAAUUCUAACUAAUAUAAAGCUACAUCAGCGAUUAAUAAGAUACUGCAACAAUUUAGAAGAAGCAUUCUCUCUCGUCAAUCUUAUAAACAUCGUUCUUAGUUCUAUCAACAUCUGUUGUGCGCUUUUUGUCAUCGUGCUGUUGGAACCAUUUAUGGCUCUCAGUAACAAACUAUUUUUGGGCUCUGCUUUAAUUCAAAUAGGUGUAUUAUGUUGGUACGCCGACGACAUUUAUCAUGCAAAUGCCAAAGUCGCGUCAGCCGCUUAUAAUAGUUUCUGGUAUAAAACCAGUCCACGUUGCCGCCGCACCCUGCUAUUUCUAAUACAGAGGUCACAAAAGCCGAUAGCUUUCACCGCGAUGAAAUUCACAAACAUCUCGCUGGUGACAUACUCAGCGAUUUUAACAAGAUCUUAUUCAUACUUCGCGCUUCUUUACACAAUGUAUAGCGAUAGUUAA